CUCUUUGAUCUUUCUCUAUUCCCAUUCCCACCUGAAUCACCACCAGCAGCGCCGACAGGCACUACCCCAAGGCAUGGAUUCCGGGGAGAAACGCCUUAAUGAGCUUGGCUACAAGCAAGAACUCAGAAGAGAAAUGACUCUGUUCAAGACUCUUGCAAUCUCAUUCUCAACAAUGACGUUGUUCACAGGGAUCACUCCCCUGUAUGGCUCAAGCCUACAAUAUGCAGGCCCUGCUGCUCUUGUUUGGGGUUGGGUUGUUGUCUCUUUCUUCACCUGGUUUGUUGGAAUUGCCAUGGCUGAGAUCUGUUCCUCUUUCCCCACCACAGGUUCCCUUUACUUCUGGGCUGCCCAUUUAGCUGGUCCUAAAUGGGGUCCCUUCUCGUCAUGGUGCUGCGCCUGGCUCGAGACCAUAGGGCUUAUUGCUGGCAUAGGUACCCAGGCUUAUGCAGGAUCACAAACACUGCAGAGCAUUAUCUUGUUAAGCACCGGAACUAAUAAAGACGGCGGAUAUUUUGCUCCCAAGUGGCUCUUCUUAUGCAUGUAUGUGAGUCUCACUUUAAUAUGGGCAGUGCUCAAUACCUUAGCGCUAGAAGUCAUUGCUUUCAUCGACAUAAUUUCCAUUUGGUGGCAGGUAAUUGGAGGUUUAGUCUUAGUUAUAAUGCUCCCAUUGGUAGCAUUGACUACGAAAUCGGCAUCGUAUGUAUUCACGAGUUUCGAACUGGGGGCAGACACGACGGGAGUAUCGAGCAAACCGUACGCGGUCAUCCUCUCUUUUCUCGUCAGUCAGUAUUCGAUGUAUGGGUAUGAUGCAGCAGCACAUUUAACUGAAGAGACUAAAGAUGCAGAUAGGAAUGGUCCUAUUGCAAUCCUGUCCAGCAUUGGGAUUAUUUCGGUGUUCGGAUGGGCUUAUAUCUUGGCCCUUACUUUCAGCAUUCAGGAUUAUAGUUCCCUCUAUGAUCCGAGCAAUGAAACUGCGGGAGUAUUUGUGCCUGCACAAAUACUGUACGAUGCAUUCCAUGGGAGGUACCAUAAUUCUGCUGGAGCGAUAGUGUUACUAUUUAUCAUCUGGGGCUCUUUCUUCUUUGGUGGGCUAUCAAUCACCACCAGUGCAGCCAGAGUUGUAUAUGCUUUAUCAAGAGACAAAGGGGUCCCUUUUUCAUCGAUAUGGCGACAAGUGCACCCGGUGCGCAAAGUUCCAUCGAACGCAGUAUGGCUAUGUGCGGCCAUAUGUAUACUUAUGGGGCUGCCAAUAUUGAAAGUGAAUGUAGUGUUUACGGCCAUAACUUCCAUAUGCACCAUCGGGUGGGUCGGUGGCUACGCGGUCCCGAUAUUUGCGAGAAUGGUAAUGCCGGAGAAGAACUUCAAAGCCGGACCGUUUUAUUUGGGCAGAGCAAGCAGACCGGUGUGCCUGGUAGCCUUCGUGUGGAUCUGUUACACGUGCUCGGUGUUUCUCUUACCGACGUACUACCCGAUCGCUUGGGAGACAUUCAAUUAUGCACCGGUAGCUCUAGGUGUGGGGUUGUCUCUGGUAAUGCUAUGGUGGUUUGUGGAUGCAAGGAAAUGGUUCAAGGGACCUGUGAGGAACAUUGAAACUCGUGAGAAUGGAAAGGUUUAAUACCAAUAUAUG